AUGUGGAGUCGCGUGCAGAAGGCGGGCGACCAAACAGCGACGCUGACGGGGCUGUGCUGCAUGCUGGACCACGACCUCACCUCCGACUCCAGCCAGCUGGCCAUGAAGGACACGUCCUGCCUGGAGACGCUCGUCAACCUGCUCAGCACCGACCACGAGGAGUGCAUGCUGGGGUCGCUGAAGGUGCUGAGCCGCAUCUCGGCGCUGCCGCAGAUCCAGAUCAGCAUCUCUGACAUGGGCGGCGUGCAGCUGCUGGUGAAGCUGCUGCGCUGCCAGGAGGUGGGCAUCCGCGCGCUGGCGGCCGACACGCUGGCCCACGUGGCGGACGUGCGCCAGGCCAGCAAGGACAUCCGCCGCUUCGGCGGCAUCCCCGUCCUGAUGGACCUGCUGGACGAGCACCUCAUGGCAGAGGACGAUGUGGGGCCGGCCAUCUCCGUCGCGGGGGCGCUGCGUGCGGUCGGUCGGUCAGCACACAGCCGCUUGGCCAUGCGGCGCGGAGGACUCAUACGGCUGCUGGGCCGCGCCAUUAAGACCAGCAACACUGAGGUCCUGCUGCCGCUGCUGGGGAUCAUCGACCAGUGCGCCUCGGAGUGCGCGGCGGACGAGAAGUGUCGGCGCGCGGUGCUCGCGGCGGGCGGGCUCGACGACCUGGCGGCGCUGCUGGCGGCCGAGGCCUCGCGCGCGGACCCGGGGCUGCUGGCCGCCGUGGCAGCGGCCGUGUGGGGCUGCGUGCCGGGCUGCGAGGAAGCCGCCCGCCUCGGCAGCCUGCGCGUCGUGCAGUCGCUGGUGGAGCUGGUGCAGCAGCUGGCCGCGGCCGAGCUCGUGCUGCAGACCGACGGCGACGAGCAGAUUCAGAAGCAUUAG